AUGACUUGUGUGAGAACUCCUAGAUAUUCUCUCAUGUUCAUUAAUGGGACAACGCAUGGCAACUUUGAAGCUAGUAGAGGACUAAGGCAGGUGGACCCCAUGUCCCCUCUUCUGCUUGUUCUUGGAAUGGAAUGUCUGUCACGGAUCUUGAAGAAAGUAGGAGAUAAGGAGGAAUUCAAGUUAUUUGAGAGAUGUACAGAUCUGAAACUGAAUCACUUAUGUUUUGCUGAUGAUGUGAUUUUGUUUUGCCAUGGAGAUUUUAGAAGUAUCUAUAGCAUGUUGCAGGCUCUGAAGCUAUUCUCUUGCUCUUCUGGACUUCACCCGAAUCCUUCGAAGUCAGCAAUUUAUUGUUGUGGCAUGGAUGAAAGAGAAAUUCAGAGAGUAGUGGAUAUUUCAUAUUUCAGUAGGAAAAAAGUUCCAUUCAGGUAUCAUGGCAUACCAAUUUGUGCUAAGAGGAUAUCAAGUAAUGAGUGUGCUAAUCUAGUUGAGAAGAUGACAACAAGAAUUAGAGUAUGGAGUUCCAGGAACAUCUCAUAUGCUGGUAGAGCAGUCCUUAUUAAUUCGGUUCUGUUGUCCAUACAUUUUUAUUGGAGUCAGAUAAUGAUUUUGCCAAAGAAGGUUAUAAAGAACAUUGAAGCUAUUUGUAGAGCCUUUCUUUGGAAAGGCCAACACUUGAUGCAAGAUUGGUGGAGCAACAAAGCUUCACCCCAAGCAAGCUGGUAUUGGAGGAAGCUUGUUGCAGCUAAGGAGGCAGCCAAACACUCCUUGGACUACCAGCAGCUGAUGCAGGAGAACAUGUACCAGAUUUCCAAAGCAUACAAACUGUUCAGACCUGAAGGAGAAAGAGCAAGAUGGAAUGAAAAAGAAGACUUGGAGCACCUAUUUGUUGGCUGCACUACACCACCAGCAUGCGUGUAG